AUGCUCUGUUACUCCAUUUUUGCCGGCACCGUCGCCAUCAUCAUAAUCAGCGCUACAGCAGCGCAAGAUUAUCCAAACUGCAGUCGACAGUUCGAAUGCGGCGACUUCAGAAUUGGCUACCCUUUCUCGGGGGCAAAACGCGCAGCCAACUGCGGCCUCCCGACGUUGCGUCUCAUCUGCGGUGCCAUCGCGAUUCCGAUGAUCGGCAUCCUCGGCAUACCUCACAAGAUUCUCCGAAUCGACGAACCGUCUCGGACACUUACCCUUCUGCGAGAUGGCGACGGUGAUAUCCUCUGCUACCCUCCGCGAAACACCACCUUGGAUCCGGGUUUCUUCGAUUUCGCGCCGGACACUCAAUUUGCUCUGCUCUACUACUAUUGCCCGCCGCCGGACGCCGGCGUUCGACUCCCGCCGAGCAUCGGCCAGUUCAAUUGCAGCAGCGGUUCAGGGGGUUACUUUCUGCCGAGCGAGUACCUGCUUGGGGGAAUCGAGGAUUCCGUCAGGACUUGGUUGAGAUCGUGCGGGAUUAUGGUUAGGAUGCCCGCGAAUCGGACGGAACUGGGGAUGCCGGCGAAUCAGACGGAGCUGGGGAUCCGGCGGCCUACGGCGGCGUCAGCGGACUGGUUGGCGACGGUGAUGUACCGAGGUUUUGGGCUGCGGUGGACGGGGGAUUACGAGGACGCUUGCCGCAAUUGUAAGGGAUCCGGUGGGAAGUGCGGUUUCAACGAGACGGCGACUCGUCCUUUCGUUUGCUAUUGCUCCGAUCAAGCUUACGCCUCCGACUGUUUGUCUCUUACCAAUGCUUCGCCGCCGCCGGAAAAAGCGCUCGAUAAAGCCGAAGGGAGGAACAGGGUCCUGCUGAAGAUCUUGCUCCCAAUUGCCGCCUUCGUUACUCUGUCAGUUGCUGCCAUCACUUUUUUUUACUGCAUCCGAAACAGGGCAUCGCAGAAUCAGAAUGGUAAAACCUCAUCUCCCCUUCUGAAACCACUAGAGUUCAUCAAAAUGCAGCGAGCCAAAUCGGCACCAUUCGGCGGCCAGGGCAAUGUCGAGUCUCCUCCGAGCCUCCAAGCAUUCACCUUCUCUGAAAUCAAAACGGCAACCAACGACUUCUCUGAUGAUAACUUGCUCGGAGCUGGUGGGUUCGGCCCUGUUUACAAGUGUGUGUUCCCGGGAGAUGAGGAAAUGGCGGUGAAGCGGCUUUCAAAAUCGUCGACUCAGGGACUCCUGGAGUUCACGAACGAGGUCUCACUCACAGCGAGGCUUCAACAUGUGAACCUGGUCAGGGUUGUGGGUUUCUGCACCGAGAAAGAUGAGAAGAUGUUGGUCUAUGAGUUCAUGCCGAAUAGAAGCUUGGACAUUCACCUCUUUGAUCCGGUUAAAAGAUUGAGCUUGGAUUGGAGCACUAGGAUUCGGAUCAUUGAAGGAGUGACUCAAGGACUUUUGUACCUCCAGGAGUACUCCAACUUCACCAUCAUUCAUAGAGACAUUAAGGCGAGCAAUGUUCUUCUGGAUGAUGGGAUGAACCCGAAGAUUUCGGAUUUUGGGAUGGCGAAACUCUUCAUGAAAGAUUUGUAUGAAGCUAACACCAAUAAAAUUGUCGGGACUUAUGGAUAUGUUCCUCCCGAAUAUGUGAAGAAUGGGAUAUACUCGAUAAAGUAUGACGUCUACAGCUUCGGGGUUUUGCUUCUACAAAUUAUUAGCAGCAAAAGGACCCAAGAUUACUAUGGUCCAAAUGAAGACAUGCAUCUCUUAGACCAUGCUUAUGACUCAUGGAGAAGAGGGGAAGGUAUGGAAUUCUGUGACCCCUCAUUGGACGAUUCCUCUUCAGAAUGUAAACUGAUGACAUGCUUGCAAGUGGCGUUGCUAUGCGUUCAAGAAGAUCCCAACGACAGACCAACAAUGUUGGAAGUUGCGUUCGCUCUGAGAACCGGAGCUCUGAAAAUGGCUUCCCCGAAGAAACCUGCUUUUUCGGUGAGAUUGGAACCCGUAUCUCCCACGACUCCCAAAUUCCGCCAAGAAAUUUGGUCUUGUAACGUUGCUGACAUCUCUCAAGUCGAACCCCGAUAA